CUCUUACACAUAGCAUAUUCAAUUCAAGAAACAGGUCCACUAUGGGCAACAUGGCAAUUUCCGAUAGAGAGGCUAUUUGGAAUGUUAAUACCUUUGGUCCAUUCUAGACAGCAUCCAUAUACAAACCUAAUAAAUCAGAUAACUAUGUGGUUACAAUUUGCACACUUGCAA